UGAUUUUGCUACAGACUCUCUGGAGAGCCUGGGAGCUGAAUUCCCGAAGAGCCCACAUCUAUGAAAGCAAAGCCAAGCCAUCAAGCCACCACCAUGUCCACCUCGCUGCGGGUCAGCCCGUCCAUCCACGGCUACCACUUCGACACAGCCUCGCGUAAGAAAGCCGUGGGCAACAUCUUUGAAAACAUCGACCAGGAAUCCCUGCAGAGGCUCUUCAGAAACUCUGGGGACAAGAAAGCCGAGGAGAGAGCCAAGAUCAUUCUUGCCAUAGAUCAAGAUUUGGAGGAGAAAACACGAGCCCUGAUGGCCCUGAAGAAGAGGACGAAAGACAAGCUUCUCCAGUUUCUGAAGCUGCGGAAAUAUUCCAUCAAAGUUCACUGAGGACAGGAGAACGGAUAAGGACGUUAUCCGAGGAUGGACACUUAAAGACCACGUGAGUUUGUGAGACCCUGACAGGCAGCACCGUGCUGCUCCUUGCAGGCUUCUCCCCUGCCAGGACUUGGGAGGCUGGAAAGGAACAGAGCAAACUGGUGACAAAGAGUCCGACCAAUUUCAAGCCUGUGCUGUCACAGUGGAGAACUAAAUGCUUUCAGCGAGGAUUUGAAAAUCCUCCCGGCGGCAAAGGACUGAUGCUGGUAUCAGGAGAAGUGUCUGGACAGACGUAAUGAGAACUGAAGCCGAGGAACACAGAUGGCUAAGGACGAAUUGCAGCCAGGGUCUCUAUGCCAGGCCCUAGGACUGAAGUUCAACCUGAACUUUUUUUUCCCUUAACCAAACUGGGAAGGCGGGGAAGAGGGCGGAGGAGGGAGGGGGGAACAGGGAGAGAGAAUACCAUGCUUUAUCGUUUACUGAAUUUUUAAUUUUCAAGAUGUUUCCAAGUUUCAAUGUUGUCUAUUGGUAUAGAUUUUUAAAGAUCAGUAACUGAUUUUUUAUUUGCAUUUAUUACAGUGCCUGAACUGUGUGCCACAUGGGUGAGAGCACAAAGUCACGGAGCUGCCUUACCUUCAGCAGCUCAGUGACAUCUGCGCCACCUCCUGGUGUGCGCUGCGGUUUUUAUGCAUUUCAGAUUGGUUGCACAAAAGUAAGAAUAAUGGGUCCUUCAGAAACCCAAAGUACUGUGAAAGAAUUUAUAUAUUUUUAAUCUUCUAACUGAUGUCAAAGUAUAAUCUAAUUAAAUUUCUUACCGCUACUGCAGUGAGCACUAGGAAGUGAAUAUAAUAUACUAAAUACUUUAUAAAGAUGCUAUGGUUUCUAUAAUUUAUUAUACAUGACAAAUGAUAUGCAACCAUAAUAAAUUAUUAUAAACUUGA